AUGAGUACUGAGUGCUCCAGCUACACCACAGCAGACAAGAUCCUGAUUAGGGCUUUCAGCUGCCCAGGAGAGGACAGUGACCCAGGCGCCAUUUACUGUUGCGGAUUUAAAGACAUAAAAUACUGCUGUGAUGACCCCAACAGCUUCUUUCCCUAUGAGCACAGCUACAUGUGGUGGCUCAGUGUUGGCGCUCUGGUCGGUUUAUCUAUUGCAGCUGUAGUACUUCUGGCCUUUGUCAUCACUGUGUGUGUUCUCUGCUAUCUCUUCAUCAGCAACAAACCUCAUCACAAACUGGACACAGGGCUGAGUCUACAGACAGCAGGAACAGAGCAGAGCUCUCUGGAAGGACCCAGCAGAUCCAGCCAAUCAGCAGCUCCUAAUGGGUUCAAAAGACAUUUCCUGAACCAUAAACUAGACUGUGAUAAUCAGCCCCAGGAUCCUGACAGACUGUUCCAGAGGUGUUUCCUAGCCACAGUGACAACUAUCAAUGUGCAAGGGGCUACCUGA